AUGCCAUCGAGCCAUUCUGUUUCGCCGGUUAAGCGCUCGGUCUCCUCACCGCAGGCGCCACCGGACCACUCCGCGAUGCCCCGUCAUUCUUCGUCCACCACUGCAGCCCAUCAACCCCAGCCCCACAAGUCAACGGUCCAUAAAUCACACCGUCCGUACGUCGUCGGUACCCAUCGCGUGCAUGGACGGACGCAGUCGCAUAAGAACUUAAAUAAACUGCACAGAUUGGCCCUUGUGCAUAAUUUGCCUGUUGAUGGGGUGGCCGCUCCCCCGACCCACUUUCGUCAUCAACGCAAAAAGUCCGCCCCCGUCUCACCAUCAACCAGUCCGCGAACAAACCAGAACCACGUUCGGUGGAAUCAGUCGACAAUACCGCUUACGGCCGCGUCUCCUAACACCACAGUGAGAAAAAAUUUGUCGACUCCUGCGCUGAGGCGGAAUGGAUCUGGGAUACUCGUCAAGAAGACUCAUGUGGUGAAUCAAACCGAAAAGGCCGAGACUUCUGAGAAGAAAACGGUUGGAUUCACGCUCGUGGACUCAGACGGCGAGGACGAAUGGGAGGACCACAGCUCCAUUUCAGCUUCCAGCACAAGGCGUAACUCCAUUGUAUCAGGAAAAAUGAAUGGACAGAAUAGCCUCACCGCCUCUGUCUCCUGCGCGAAGUCUCCCCUUGUCCAGGAGAGUCACAAUACGGAUAUUAACGACAAGAAUGUCCCACGUCAAGAGGAGCAAUUACAAAAAGGUCACGCCCGUGACAAGGAUGCCGUUUCUGAGGUACCGUCGGAUCAAACACGCGCCUCAGACCAACACCUUAUCGCAUCACGCAUCUUACACCACCCCCAUUCUUCGAAAGUUCCCCCCGCAAUAUCUUCCGUAUCCGCCACAGCCACCCCCUUGCCCUCUGACCGAAGCCCUCGUUCCUCUUCCUUUGCGAAUUUGGCUUCCAGCCUUAACGCUGUGAGCCACUCCCCCGCUCCAUCUACUCUAUCAUCGAUGGCGAUGAAUAACCCCCAUGCUGCGUCCUCGUCUGCGGAGGGAGGUGUAUCGCGUUUCUUGAUCAACAGUACUGGCCCUCGGACCGACCCGCGUUUCAGCUCCGGCCCUUCCACUCCUUCAUCUUUCCUUCCACAUUAUCAUCCCCAAUCACCACCUUCUCCCGAAUCAACUGCUCUCAAACGAUCGAAGUCUCCCAAGCCCUCCAACAAUGGACCCAUCGAGCCGCAUUCUCGUACCCAGCAAAAGCUUUGGCUUCAAAGAACAGCCACGAUGUCCAAUUCCCCUCCCGAUACAUUCAUUCCUGGGAUACCUGCGACUUCUACGAUCGAUUCCAAUUACGUGGCAGGCGCUCAGAGCCGCCCGGGUACCGGUGGCUAUGGGCCCGAUGGUCGUCGAUUCAUGAUAGGAGCGACUGGAUCUACCGGAGUAUCGACCGACGGCGAAAUCAAGCGCUCUCGAAAGAUAUACGAUAGGUUCACAACGGAAUAUUCUGUCGUCCAUCGCUUCAAAAACCCGGUUGUCGACAGUUUUAAACGAUUAAGGCAGAUUCCAGGUUCCAGUGCCGGUGGAAAAUUGACAAGAGUUAACUCCGCCCGUGACCUGGUCAACGGCCAUGAUCCGUCUCGCCCUCAAUCUCGAGAGGACAUGCUAUCUGCGACUGCAAUGGAAGAAGCCGGUGUUGGAAGCCAAUUUUUAAGCAAGACCCAUUCCAUGAAGCAAAGUCAAGUCCGGUUUCAAGGGCAAGAUGGCAUCGUCCAUGUUGGAGAGGUUGAACAAGGCGUCGAGCGAUUACAUCUGGAAAACCCUCCCUCCAGGACGUCCGUACAUACUGAUGGGAAUACAUACGGACAACAAGUCGAUGAUCAUGGCGACUGCGUCGUAUCAUCCUACUGA